AUGUACAUUAUCGAUUUUGAAAACAAUGAUUAUUGCAUGUGUUACUCUCCCAAGGAUAAAUGUACCAUUAAGAUUUUCAAGAAAGAUGCAACGAUUCGUGACGCAACUGCAGAAGAUGAAACCACAUUUGGUGUCUCUUUGGAUGACGAUAGUAAUGAUGAUCGAACCACUGUGUCAAGUGAAACGACUGAUUCUCAAAUAUUUGGUGAUAGUAACAUUACUCGUUCGACAUCUAUCAGUGACUUUUCAAACAUGUCAGAAGAAGAUCGAACUUUGAAAUCACCUCGCUCAGCAAGAGGUUUCAAUCCAUUGCGAGGAUUACAAGAUCUCAAAGUAUUUAGCUCAAAACAAAAGUUGACUUCUCUCAGUGCAGGAAAGACCACUCUGAAUGGAGACGAUAAGGUUCAUGACCUUCAUUCCAUUAUUAGUAGCAGUAGUAGUAGCUCCUCAGUCACCGAUGAUGGAACACUCAAUCCUCCUCCUCCUCAACAUCAUUCACAUCCACAAUUGAGUCCACGAAAUUUAACCGAAGAAUAUGUUCCCACACUUCCCAUCAUUAAGAAAAAUUCAGAUUUUCUUCACACCAUUGAGGAACGAAAGAAGACACUCGUUCGUAGAGAUGCUACUACUGUAUCACCUGGUGGUGAUAGAUCAUCAGUAACCAUGACAUCAACGAGACCACCAUGGUUAGCUGAAUUGGAAGGUAAAAAAUUGAGUAAGGUUAUUCCUGGAGAACAAGAUUAUGUAUAUACUUCUCCAAAAACACCCGUACAAUAA